AUGGCCUUUCACAGUCGACGAAACUUUAGAGUCCAUAGUGGACACUUAAAAAUCAGACGAAUAGCCUGUUUUUUGUGCAAUAAUUAUGUAAUGGGUAGCUCAUUAUAUGUGAUUAUUCUGGGCCUCAUUGGGACCGUAGUCACGGCUUUUGACAUAAUACGCACAAUAAAUUAUAAAAUUCCUAGGAUAUCAUCACGCCAUAGGAAUCAAGAAGUGCCCUUUACUGUUGAGAGAGAUUUGAAGUUAAUGACGUCAAUCCUGGGAAUCGAACAUUAUACUUUAAUUAUGUUAGGCGCGAUCACAGAAUACCCUAUGCUACAUACACCAUGGUUGCUCAUGCAACUCUGUGUCAUCAUUGUGGAGAUCAUUGUCUUCUUCGUGAGAUUUUUCCUAGAUGGUUUGCAUAUCAAACGCAAUGAAAUAUUGCAAGCAAUAUUUACCUUAUACAAUUGGUUACAAGUCUUCUGUCUUUUUCAUCAGCAAACACGACAAGUCAUUUAG